ACCCCAUCUCCGCCUUCCUCUCACUAUCCUUCGCGUUGCUUCUAUCUCUCUACCUCCUCUGCUCCUCCUCCUCGUCGACCUCCUCCUCCCCCUCCUCUCCUGCCUCUCUUAUCCUUAAUGGCGGCUUCCUCCUCUCUUUCUCAGGCGUAACUCCAUUCACCGAUUGAUACGACCUCUUUUGCAUCAGCAGAACGAACGCUUCUCUCGUGAUAAGUGGAAGCGAGCGGGGCGGCGGUCCCCCAUGGCACCCAAGGGCGCUCGAGGCAAGGGAAAGGGCGAGAAGAAGAAGAAAGAUGAGAAAGUUCUGCCUCUGGCUGUGGACAUCACAGUGAAGCUCCCCGAUGAGUCUCAUGUCGUCCUAAAGGGAAUAUCCACUGACAGGAUCAUCGACGUACGGCGGCUGCUGUGUGUUAACACCUCGACAUGUAACUUCACCAACUACUCCUUGUGCCAUGAGGUCAGAGGAGCGAGGCUGAAGGAUUCUGUGGAUAUUACGGCACUUAAGCCAUGCACUCUUACGUUGGUCGAAGAGGACUACGACGAGGAACGAGCGUUGGCGCACGUGCGGCGCCUCCUCGACCUACUCUGCUCCACCACCUGCUUCGGCCCCUCGCCGCCGGCGACGCCGCCGCCCAAGGAUGCCACCCCGGCCGUCGCCGCGGCCGCUAAGGACGGGAAGAAGAGCGGUGGAGAGAGCGGAAGCCGCAAGGCCGCGCCGGAUCCGCAACGCCAGGCGCAGUCGCCGACGUCCCCGACCAAGGAUUUGCCGGCCGACCUGGAGGCGGAGAUGAGCGGCGCGUGCCCUCGGCUCGGCGCCUUUUACGAGUUCUUCUCCCUCGCCAAUCUCACCCCUCCCAUCCAGUUCAUACGGCGAACAACGAAUCUCCGGCAGGACGAGCGUCCGUCCGAUGAUCAUAUCUUCUUCCUCGAAGUGAAGCUGUGUAAUGGAAAGCUUGUGAUCGUCGAGGCAUGCGCCAGGGGAUUUUACAGUCUCGGGAAGCAACGCGUGCUGUGCCACAAUCUUGUUGAUCUCCUGAGACAUCUCAGCAGAGCAUUUGAUAACGCUUACGAAUAUCUCAUGAAAGCCUUCAUGGAACGAAAUAAGUUUGGAAAUCUGCCAUAUGGAUUUCGUGCAAACACAUGGCUUGUGCCUCCAGUUGCUGCUCAGUCACCAUCCAUAUUUCCUUCCCUUCCUGCUGAGGAUGAAACAUGGGGAGGCAAUGGAGGUGGUUGGGGUAGGGAUGGAAAAAGCGAUAUGGUGCCUUGGGCAAAUGAGUUCCUUUCCCUUAAGUCCAUGCCCUGUAAAACUGCAGAAGAAAGACAAAUCCGUGACAGGAGAGCUUUCCUGCUUCAUAGCCUGUUUGUCGAUGUUGCAAUAUUAAGAGCCAUCGCAGCUGUAAAGCAAGCUAUGGAGAAAAAACAUGAUGCACUUCCAGUAGGGUCAGAAAACAUCCUGCACUUUGAGACAGUAGGGGAUUUUAGCAUCACUGUCACCAAAGAUGUUUCAGAUGCAAAAUGCAAGGUUGAUACAAAGAUUGAUGGAAGUAAAACAACAGGAAUUGAUGCCAAACAUCUUGUCGAGAGGAACUUGCUAAAAGGAAUCACUGCAGAUGAAAAUACAGCAGCUCAUGAUAUUGCCACUUUAGGGGUUGUUAAUGUGCGUUACUGUGGUUACAUUGCUGUUGUGAAAGUCAACCAUCAUGAGAAAAGCGAAGAGCAUUUACCUUUGCAAGGUGUUGAUAUCAAAGAUCACCCUGAAGGGGGCGCAAAUGCUUUUAACAUCAACAGUCUGAGAAUGCUUCUUCACAAAAACCAUACAUCAAGAGAGAAAAGUACAUAUAAUAGUUUACAGAAUUCAAAGCCUGAGGAACUCUCAGCAGCACAAGCCUUUGUGGAGAAAUUACUGUCAGACAGCCUAGUGAACCUUGAGGAAGAGAAAGCCGAAUGCAAUGUCUCUAUGAGAUGGGAAUUAGGAGCUUGUUGGAUACAGCAUUUGCAGGAUCAGAAUAAUGGUGAGAAAGACAAGAAACAGGCUGGUGAAAAAGAUAAAAAACAAACCGGUGAAAAGACUAAAAGUGAGACAAGAGUCGAAGGCCUUGGGAAGCCUCUUAAAAUUCUUAAAAACCACAAAAAGAAACCAGAUUUUGAUGAAGAAAAGAUUUCAACAGUUGACAGGAAAUCAUCUGAUGAGACGCCUGGAGGAAUGAAAGAUGUGAAGUUGCCAUUUGAGGAACCAAAGGUUGAAACCACAGCAACAGAGGAUGCUUGCAAGCUCAAAGAUUUGCUACCUGAACCUGCAUAUACACGGUUGCAAGAAUCUAAAACUGGACUUCAUAUGAAGUCUCCACAGGAAUUAACUGAGAUGGCAUCGAGAUAUUAUGAUGAGGUUGCUCUUCCGAAGUUGGUCUCAGACUUUGGUUCAUUGGAACUUUCACCUGUUGAUGGUCGUACUUUGACUGAUUUUAUGCAUACUAGAGGCCUAAGAAUGCAUUCUCUUGGGCGAGUUGUCAAGCUUUCAGAGAAGCUGUCCCAUGUACAGUCACUCUGUAUUCAUGAGAUGAUAGUAAGAGCAUUUAAGCAUGUCGUACGAGCUGUAAUUGCUGCUGUAUCUGACACCAGAGAUUUGUCAAUAUCAAUAGCUGCAACUCUUAACUUGCUCCUUGGGCUUCCUGAUUCUGGUGUUUCACAUUCUUCUGUCCCUGUGCAUACCCUUGUCUGGAGAUGGCUCGAAGUAUUUUUGAAAAAACGAUAUGACUGGGAACUCUCAGUUUCAAGCUACUUUGAUAUAAGAAAAUAUGCUAUCCUGAGAGGACUGUGCCAUAAGGCGGGAAUUGAAUUGGCACCCAAAGACUUUGAUAUGGAUUCAGCUUUUCCCUUUGACAAAUUGGACAUCAUCAGCCUUGUACCUGUGCACAAGCAAGUUGCAUGCUCAUCUGCAGAUGGACGACAACUACUGGAAUCUUCAAAGACGGCUCUUGAUAAGGGUAAACUUGAAGAUGCAGUUAGCUAUGGGACAAAGGCUCUGGCAAAAUUAAUCACAGUCUGUGGCCCAUAUCAUCGGAUGACUGCUGGAGCCUACAGUCUUUUAGCUGUUGUUCUCUACCAUACCGGAGACUUUAAUCAGGCCACAACUUAUCAGCAAAAGGCAUUGGACAUUAAUGAGAGGGAGCUUGGCUUGGAUCAUCCAGAUACAAUGAAGAGCUAUGGUGAUCUAGCUGUAUUUUACUAUAGACUUCAGCAUACUGAAUUGGCUCUAAAGUAUGUGAAGCGUGCAUUAUAUCUUUUGCAUCUUACUUGUGGGCCAUCUCAUCCAAACACAGCUGCUACAUAUAUCAAUGUGGCCAUGAUGGAGGAAGGCCUAGGAAAUGUACAUGUGGCACUUAGAUAUCUUCAUAAAGCUUUGAAAUGCAAUCAGAGGUUACUUGGCCCAGAUCACAUUCAGACUGCAGCAAGUUACCAUGCCAUAGCUAUUGCACUCUCCUUGAUGGAAGCAUAUCCUUUGAGUGUUCAACAUGAGCAAACAACACUGCAAAUACUUCGAGCAAAGCUUGGCCCUGAUGACUUGCGUACUCAGGAUGCUGCUGCCUGGCUUGAGUACUUUGAGUCAAAGGCUCUUGAACAGCAAGAAGCUGCUCGAAAUGGUACACGUAAGCCUGAUGCAUCUAUCGCCAGCAAAGGCCACCUAAGUGUCUCCGAUCUCCUUGAUUACAUCAAUCCCAUCCAAGAUGGUAAAGGAAGAGAUGCUGACUCUGUGAAGAAAAGGAACUUGGGUUUAAAGGUCAAAGUGCAGUCUUCGCAGAACCUGAUUGUGGCUGAUUCACAUGCUACAAUUUCAGAUAGAACGAAAAAAGUGGAUACUGCCAGCAAUUCCCAAGAUGAUAAAAACACAAUUGAUCCAGGUGUUGAGGUUAAACAUGAAGAAGUUGUUGAAAAGCAGCCAGCAGUUUCUCAACAAUCUGAGGGAACAACAGAGCAUAAGCUUCCUUCUGAUGAUGAAGAUGGAAGGGACAUAAAUACAGAAAUAGAAGAUGGUUGGCAACCUGUUCAAAAGCAAAGGUUGGGUGGAGGUUCAAGCCAGCGAAUCAAGCAGCGGCGUACAAGUACUUGGAAGACCUACAAUUAUCAGAUGAAUGAUGUUCCUGGUGAAACUGCUCAAUCUAAGCCAAGGUUUUCUUAUUUAAAUAACCGCUAUUAUGUUCUGAAGAAAAGAACUGUAGUUCCUGGAAGCUUCAGUGAUAAUCUUAACAUGAAAAUCCAGUCACCAGGCACCAAAUUUGGUCGGAGAGUAUACAGAGCUGUGACUUACCGAGUCAAGUCAGUGCCUUCAUCUACCAAUCAGGAGAUCACUGAUAACUAUAGGAAUGCUGCUGAAAGAAUGGCUCCCUCCGUAGAUGGUCAGGCACCCUAUUUACAUCAUGACAAUGAGGUAUUAAAGGAUCAGAAGUACCGAACGGGUGAUGUUUCUGAGCCGCAUAAUCAUUUGGUUGUUGGUCUCACAAAUUCUCCAUCAUACAAAGAUGUAGCUUUAGCGCCUCCAGGAACAAUUGCCAAGGUUCAGAGUCUAAAGUCCCUAGAGGAUACGCCAUUGAAACAAGAGAUAUAUAUUGGAAAACAUGUAUCAGAAUUAAGGGACUCAUUUGUGAAUGAGAAACAUGCAGAAAAUGCUGCUGAGUUGACUCAGAUAUCUGAUAUAGCCCAAGAAAAUGACUCUCCCCAGGAUGUGGUAUUAGACUUGGGGACCAAAGCUGAAAUUAAAGGAGAAGGAGAGGGGGUUUGUGAAUUGGAAAGUCCACUAGAACCAUUAGCUUCAGAUUUAGAAUUGUCAUCUAGCGGUAGCAUGCCCAUCAAGAGUAGUUUUGACAAUAAUAUACUUUGUAAUGAGGUUCAAGAGGUUGAACAGAAUGACAGUCAUGAUCCAAAUUUGUCUGAAAAUACAUCUGGCAUAGUUACACUUACACUUGAGUGCUUAACCACUAAACAAAGCAAAGAAGAAAAUCAUGAGGAAGUCUUGUGUAGCAAUGUUCAUGUCGGUUCAUCCUCCAGCAUCCACCAAGAGGAUCUCCAAAAGGUUGACAUCUCUGAGAAAACUUUUAGUGAUGAUCCAAUGGUAAAAUUACCAUCUAGUGACAGUGAUAUCAGAGAGCUCCCUGCUAAGAAGUUGUCUGCCUCUGCUGCACCAUUUAAUCCAUCCCUUCCUGUAGUAAUUAAUCCUCUUCCUGUAAGUGUUGGCCUUCCUCCUAGUGGUGUGAUUCCUACAAUGACACCUUGGCAAUUGAGUGCUACUCUUCAUGCUGCACCAACGGCUGUAAUGCCAUCCGUGCCUCCUAUUUGUACCUCACCUCUUCAUCCUUUUGCAUCUUCAUCCAGGUCUCCCAACAUCCUACAUCCUUUGCCAUUUAUUUACCCACCAUAUACCCGUCCUCAAAUUAUGCCCAAUACCACUUUUGCUAUGAACAGCAACAUGUUUCACGGAAACCAUUAUCCAUGGCAAUGCAACAUCGGUCCAAAUGCACCUGACUUUGUUGCAGCAUCAGUAUGGCCUGUUUGUCAUCCAGUGGAUUUUUCUUCUUUCUCACCUGUGUUAAGUCCGAUUUCUGAAUCCACGGUGGAAUCGACUAUGACAUCUGAUGUAAGUAAUGGUAUGAGCUUAACCCCUCUGUUGAGCAUCAAUAUUGAAGAAGGAACAAAAACCGACGAGAAUAAUGAGAAAUCACAGGUUAUAGACACUGGAAAAUCACUGGAUGGGAAAUUGUCAGAGAAACAGGAAGCUGAAGAAUCUCAGAGUAGUAAUACAAAAACUACCGAAUUGGAAUCUGAGACAGAUUUCAGAGAAGAUGCACAGCCUAGUGGUGAAAAACAUGUUCAUGAAAGUAGCCAAAAGUACGAGGGUGAGGGGAGCCUUGGCAUAUACAUCAAGGGUAGAAGUCGUCGUAAACAGACACUAAGGCUGCCUAUAAGUUUGCUCAAGAGGCCAUAUGGAUCACAGUCAUUUAAAGUUGUUUAUAGCAAAGUAGUAAGAGGAAGUGAUGUAAGACCAGCAAAUGCAUCUUCCAGUAUAGAUGCUAAUGUCAGUUAGUUGCAAGAAAGAGAAUAUUGUGACUUCAAUUAGCAGGAAGGCAAGAUGUUUUCAUUUGUCAACUUUUACAUCCAGGCGGACGUGACUCGACGUUUGGAAAACGUGCACUUCAGUUUUAUUGCUAUUUUACGGGGCAAGGGAUCUUUUAUAAAGAAUUCAAACCAAAUUCUGAUAUAUUGGACAUUCAGAAAUCAGGUUUGCAGUAUAUGUUCUUGAGGUUCAUGGAGAAUACAAUGUCCAAGCCUUGAGAUAACUGGAAUAGUUUAGAAUUUUUGACCAGAAUUAUGUAGAAUCAGGUUGGAGAUAUUAGCCAUCUUUUUUUUCUCCAUUGGAUAGACAAAUAUGAGGAUCUUUUCUCUUCAGUUUUUUUUUGUUCUCAAGGAUUCUAUUAUUAGUUUUUGCAUAAGCCAUAAUGUUGUAAGUUUUGGGAUUUUGUGAAUCUCGAGUUUCCUGCCCAUCAAAAUAAUUUUGCACAUUCUAAAUAUAAUGUUACAGUUUUGGGGGUUUCAGUACCCAGUGGGAAUUCAUUUCAUGUUUACAAAACUGAAAUAAUUUGAUCCUUUAUUAGGAUGUCUCUCCUUUUAUUUGUUUCUGUUGUAAUGUUAAAGAACAUUGCUUUAGCUUCAUUAGCUGAGUUCCAUAAUCUGAUCGCCGCUCUUGUGGUAUCGUGAGUAGGGAGCAUGUAAAUUGUUUUGAUAUGCAUCAAGGAACUUGCUACUCUUUUA